GUCACUGCUGAGCGCUGAAGUGCUGCACUGGCAUGUGAUUUCGCCCCUAGGUAUGGUAUGUCAUAAUCGUUACCAUAUAUGGUGUUGCCCGGCCGUAUUUUCUCAGUCAACGUUGCGGAGACGCAGACUGUUGAUGACCUCAGAAAGGUCAUCAAGGACGCGAACAAGCCAGAAUUUGACCAUGUUGCCGCUUACGAUCUCAAGCUAUGGCAGGUCGACCUGCCUAUCGACGAAACGAUCGAGCACAAUCUUAGCAGUCUUAAGCUUGACACAAAGAAAUCCCUAUAUAAAACACCUGAGGAGAAUACUGCGAAGAGGCAACGUGUUGAGCAGAAAUCCCUAUCACCUGUGGCUCCAAUGGAGAGGGUUUUUCCCAAUGCUCCUGACCCUGAGCAUCUACAUAUUGUUAUCAGACCGCCCCACUUCAAUAUAAACUGCGUCGUCCUCGACGAUCCUGACUAUGCAUUUACGAUCAAGAUUGCACCGACAGAGAAUGUUAGCGCCCUCCAAAAGGCUAUCAAGGACGCGAAGAAGCCACAAUUUGACCAUGUUGCCGCUAACCAUCUCAAGGUAUGGCAGGUCAACAUCAAACCGAACGACCUAUACUUACUCGACGCGAUCGAAGACCAAGGCGUGGCGUUGGAGUCGUUAACCGAACUGUCCGAAGCGUUUGUGGAUGGAGUAGAGCGCGGAUGCAUUCAUGUCAUCGUACGAGAAUCUGCAGUUGAACAAGGCGAAGUCAAAACCAAUUAUACCACGAAGCUCGACGAAGACUUCAAGAACGCUUCUUCUCACUUCAACUAUCCUUUUCCGUCAGCAGCUGCUAAAUCCAAAGAAUAUUGCAAUAUACAGCGCGGACCCAGGAGAUUAUGCGAUGGUCGUUAUGCUCAUGAAAAACCAGCCGAUACGACUGCACCACCGAUACAGUUGUUCAAUCCAGCAUUCGCCUACUUCUCAAGCAAAGCGUUCGAUCCUGAAUACGUCGUACCCAAUGAGGUGCUGCGUGAUAUCCAGAAUCUCAUGCCUACAUUUGCGGCAAUUCAUCCCAGCGAGAAUGACCGCAAAGUAAAUCUGACUCCUCUGCUGGAAAAGGUGAUCCAACAAACUUUAUUGCACAUGAAAGGUCGUCGUGGCGGUCAUAUUCUCGAUGCUGAUGCUAUAGCUGUCCAUGUUCAUGGCCGUAUUCCAAUACACCUCGUGGUAGUUGAGGAGAAGAACGAGGUUGGGGAUGGAGGUUCAGACCCUUCGGUCCAGGCGUCAUUCUCCUUUGUACAUCUAACUCGUGACUCACAGUACACGGAACUUCGCUCAAAGUGUAAUUGUCCUACCUUCUUGGUUGUUCACGCUGGACCUUGGCUAGCAGUUCUGGGCGCCGUCUUCACGGAGAAGUAUAUAGUCCAACGGCUUACGGACUUCAUCUGGAUCCCAGUCCGCUCUGCACUCGACGACGACCAGUUUCUUCGAAUUGGGCGCGUCCUGUAUGCACUUACGGAAUCAGUCGCACAGCUCAGAGACUGGUAUGACAAUGUCUUGGAAUGUGGCGAGCCGCCGUACGAUACAACACGUCCUACUGUACACUCUCGCUUUUUCCCAACCCCACAUACCUAUCUACGCGACGAGAUUCCCGUACAAUUCAAAUAUGAGCGGCCCCUGGAACGCGAUGCUUCGUGUGUGACUUACCUGGCGAAGACGCAGGAGGACAACCCGAUCAAUGUCGUUGUAAAGUUCGUCACCAGGUACGGCGAGGACGUUCACAUGGCGAUGGCAGAAGCUGGGUUCGCGCCGAAACUUUUGUAUUACGGAAAGAUUGAUGUCAGGAAGGGGAUGCCAUCGUAUGGCGGGCUGCGGAUGGUAGUAAUGGAAUAUGUGGACGGAACGACGGCCUGUAGUUCACUGCGACUGCCUCCCAGCUUUCACCAAGAGCUCGAGGAUGCGAUGAAGUGCUGCCACGAGAAGGGUUUUGUGUUUUGUGAUCUUCGGAAGCCGAACAUCAUGAUCACGAAGGACGGCAAAGUGCAACUGAUCGAUUUCGACUGGGCUGGACGCAAAGGCGAGGUCAAAUAUCCUGUAUCCAUCUCUCCCGCUAUUAAGUGGCCGAAGGGGGCGCAAGGAUUAGGGCCUAUACUGGAAGAACACGAUCGUGAUAUGCUAGUGCGCUACUGUAGUUAGACUUUCAAUUCUGAUGCGUUGCCACCAGCUUCAAGUUGUGCACGCCUAUA